AUGUCAUCGGGCACGUUUGUGGAUCGAAUCGACCCGUUCGCCAAACGUUCGCUAAAAAAGAAGAGUAAAAAAAGUCAAGGUUCCUCGCGCUACAGAAACUCUCAGGAUGUUGAGCUGCAGCAAUUGCCGCCACUAAAAGCCGAUUGCUCGAGCCUGGAACAGGAGGAGCUGUUUAUCCGGAAACUACGUCAGUGCUGCGUAUCAUUUGACUUUAUGGAUCCUGUAACGGACUUGAAGGGCAAGGAAAUCAAACGAGCUGCUCUCAAUGAUCUAUCCACCUAUAUAACACAUGGGCGCGGCGUGCUUACGGAACCGGUGUAUCCCGAAAUAAUACGCAUGAUUUCGUGCAAUUUAUUUCGCACAUUGCCGCCCAGUGAAAAUCCCGAUUUUGAUCCGGAAGAGGACGAUCCAACACUGGAGGCAUCGUGGCCCCAUUUGCAACUGGUCUAUGAGGUGUUCUUGCGUUUUCUGGAAUCCCAAGAUUUUCAGGCGACCAUUGGCAAACGUGUGAUCGAUCAGAAGUUUGUGUUGCAGCUAUUGGAACUGUUCGAUUCGGAGGAUCCGCGCGAGCGUGACUUUCUAAAGACGGUCUUGCAUCGCAUCUAUGGGAAAUUCCUAGGCUUACGUGCUUUCAUACGAAAACAGAUCAAUAACAUAUUCUUGAAGUUCAUCUAUGAGACGGAGCAUUUUAAUGGCGUUGGCGAGCUGCUCGAGAUACUUGGCAGCAUCAUUAACGGCUUUGCCUUGCCAUUGAAGGCGGAACAUAAACAAUUUUUGGUUAAGGUUCUGUUGCCGCUGCACAAAGUCAAAUGCCUGUCGCUCUAUCAUGCUCAGCUGGCGUAUUGCAUUGUACAAUUCCUAGAGAAGGAUCCAUUCCUCACCGAACCGGUGGUGCGUGGUCUGCUCAAAUUCUGGCCCAAAACGUGCUCCCAAAAGGAGGUCAUGUUUCUUGGCGAAAUUGAGGAGAUAUUGGAUGUGAUUGAUCCGCCGCAAUUCGUCAAAAUACAGGAGCCACUGUUCCGCCAGAUAGCCAAAUGCGUAUCGAGUCCACAUUUUCAGGUUGCUGAACGUGCUCUAUAUUUGUGGAACAAUGAAUAUGCCAUGUCGCUCAUUGAGGAGAACAAUGCUGUUAUAAUGCCCAUCAUGUUCCCGGCGCUCUAUCGCAUCAGCAAGGAGCAUUGGAAUCAAACCAUUGUCGCGCUUGUGUACAAUGUAUUGAAAACGUUUAUGGAAAUGAAUUCAAAGCUCUUCGAUGAGCUAACAUCCAGCUAUAAGGCGGAAAGGCAAAAGGAAAAGAAGCGUGAACGCGAUCGCGAGGAGCUGUGGAAGAAGCUGCACGAACUCGAAUCAAAUCGUUCCAGCGGGCGCGCCGCAGGCGGCAGCGCUGCAACAGCAGCAAAUAGCGCAACGGCAGCUGCGGCGGCGGCGUCGUUGUCAUCGUCGUCUUCGUCACUCCAGCCGCCAAACAUAGCCGGCGGCGGUUCAAUGAACUCUCAUCAGCAACAGUCGAAUAACAGCAGCAGCGGCAGCCUAUCCAGUGGCGGCGUUGUUGGUGGUGACAAUAAUCCUGCGACAGCAAAUUCAAAACUAAAACCCGAAAAGGCAGACAACUAAACAGAUGCAACGCAAAGCGCGCUGGAAACUAACAAUAAACAACAGCAACAACAAACACAACAGUUAAAUGCAAGAAGAACACGAACAACAACACAUAAAAUGUCAGCCGGCUCACGCACACACCCAAAUCCACACACACAAAUGAACACAAACACACACACACACACACAAACACAAACACACUCAUCUAUAUAUAAAAUUAAAAUCAAAGAAAUGAAUAAGAAUGAAAUUUGUUGAGCUGGCGAUAAAUAGUUAUAAACAAAAUGCUGCUUAUGCUAAAACUUAAUAAAUAUGAAAACUAAA